CUUCGACCAGAUCGUCUAAUGAGCAUUGAAAUGGAAACUUUUCCUGAAGUUCAAGACUCUCCGUGUGUUGCUCAGCUAAUAGAACUAGAGGAGAGAGUUGUUUUGUUUUUGAAAAUGGUUGAAGGACACUCGUUCUCACAAGACUUGGUUAGUCGUGUUAAGGCAGCUAUUCGUACCCAACUGUCAGUUAGGCAUGUCCCUGGUGUUGUUCUGGAGACGACGUCCAUUCCUUACACAGUAAGUGGCAAGAAAGUAGAGGUUGCUGUCAAGCACAUUAUUUCUGGUCAAGAUGUAAGCAAUCGUGGAGCUCUAAUUAAUCCAGAGUCAUUGGACUUGUAUUACAAUAUUCCUGAAUUGACUGUCAGACAGUGAUUGCAUGUGAUAUUGGAUCUGGUCAUCAAUUUUGAAGAAAGAGAGAGGAGAGUUGAGUGCUUUAAGUGUCUAUACUUUUAUUACGAAGUCGAGAACUUGCCUCGUCAGUUUUGUCGAUUGUGAGUCAGACAAACUUAUAUUGACAUACACACAAUGUUUCAGUUUCUAACCAAGAAGUGAGUGUUGACAGGUUGAUUAUCAUGAGCUUAUGAAACAGUAUCUUGCUGCUAAAUUAAUUGUAGAGUUUAUGGUAGAUCAAGCUUAUUGCUCUGUCUUUGCAUACUAG